AUGUCCGUAUUCACAACAGUUGAAUCAAGCAGUACCACCGUCUCCGGGACAAGAAAAUCUUACAAUAUUCAUGUAAAACGACGUCUAUCCAAUGGAGAGGACGACGGAUCGUCUCCUGCCAAGACUACUACGACGUCACAUCCGUUCUUCUCCCCGAGACGUAAGACGGAGGUAACAUAUUCAUAUCAUGGAUCAUUGAUAAUUGGAGAGCAUCGGAUUGGCAAGGAAAGAAUCGAAGCAAGAACAAAGAUUGCUGCAUUUGAUUUGGAUUCUACAUUGAUCAAAACUAAAGGGAAAUCGAACCAUCCUCGGAACGAGCAUGAUUGGUUGUGGCUGUAUAAAACCAUACCCAGGCAAUUGAAACAAGUAUAUGAGAAGGGAUAUAAAGUUGUCAUCAUAACAAAUCAAGCUGGACUGGAUAUAAAGAAAAAGAACGAAAAAAUGCGAAGGGAUUUUCUCAACAAAAUACGUCACAUAUCGGCUCAGCUUGAAGUUCCAUUUCAGAUAUUGAUCGCUACUUCCAAAGAUAAAUAUCGUAAACCAAUGACUGGAACCUGGUGGUAUCUGACCGAAAAAUGUAACGCGGAUGUGUAUAUUGACAUAAGCGAGAGCUUUUAUGUUGGUGAUGCUGCAGGACGUCUAGCAGAUUGGAAACCUGGAAAGGCGGCUGAUUGGGCUGAUACUGAUCGUAAAUUUGCAGAAAAUAUUGGCUUGAAGUUUUAUACACCGGAAGAAUAUUUUCAGGGAGAAGAAACCAUGCCAUAUUUUUAUGGUGACUUUGAUCCAAAAGACAUGAAAAAUGUUCCCCUUUUCACACCAAGCGAUACGCCCCUUGUUCCAGAAUCACCUCAUCCAGAACUAAUUAUAUGCGUUGGCCCGCCCGCUAUAGGCAAGUCUACAUUUGUCCAAAAACAUCUUGUUCCAAUGGGAUACGUUCAUAUCAACCAAGAUACUCUCAAAUCUCGUGCAAAGUGUCUCCAAAGUAGCCAUCAAGCAUUGGCCGCUGAUAAAAGCAUUGUUGUGGAUAACACCAGCCCUGAUGUGACAGGCAGAAAAGAGUUUAUUGAGAUAGCCAAACUCUACGGUGUUCCAACUAGAUGUUUCUGGUUUGUUGGUGGAGAGAGGCUGGCCAAGCAUAACAAUUGUUAUAGAUCUCAGGCAAGUAAUAAGGCAAAGCUUAUACCUGAUAUUGCAUAUAGAACAUUCAAGGCCAAAUUCGAAGAGCCCACACUAUCUGAAGGAUUUGAAGAGAUCAAACAAAUCAACUUUAAAUUCGAGGGUACUGAUGAAGAACGGAAGAAGUGGGAGUUGUGGCAUUGUUAA